AUGUCCCACGACGGCGAGCCCAAGCCGCUCUCCCGCGACCCCUAUCUCCUUAACCGCGACUUGCUCUCCUCCGCCCGGCUGCACCUCCAGCACGCCGUCUUCGUCAACGGUCUCGGCUACCUGCUGCACCCGACCGUCCCUGUCGGGCCGGACUCGCACGUGGCCGACCUCGCCACCGGCACCGGCAUCUUCGCCCUCGCCCUGGCCACGGCCCAUCCCGAAGCCCGCAUCGAAGCCUCCGACAUCUCCCUCGCCCAGGUCCCCGCCCGGCACUGGUGGCCCGCCAAUGUGACCUUUGCGGUCCUCGACGCCCUCCAGGACCCCUUGCCGGCCUCCCUGAUCGGACGUUACGACGUCCUCUGCCUCCGUCACUUCGUCUCCCUGCAGCCCGGCGACCCGCGCCCGCUCAUCGCCCGCCUGCUGUCCAUGCUGAAACCCGGGGGCUAUCUGCACUGGCAGGAAUGGGACCUGACCACCGCCGCCGUCUUCGCCCCAGACGGCACUUCCACCCCCAAGAUGCAGGCGCUGAUCGAUUACAUCAACGAUCCCGCCCGACACGCCGCCCAGGCCACCUGGGUUGGCGACUUGCAUCAGAGGGUCACCACCGGCGAGGUGCCCGGCGUGGAGCUGGUCGCUUACGACCGCGUCCGCGCCGCGAAGGCCGGCGUCGUCUCUAUGCAGCAGGAACUCAUGGCGCUGGGCACCAAGGAGGUAGUCGCCAGUCUGCGGGCGCGCGAGGGCGAGGCGAGCGUCGAGGCGGCCAAGUUCGAGAAGAUUGCGGACGACGCUGUGAAUGAGUGUCUGAGCUUGGGGAGGGGCCCUGUGAUUGAUCAGGAGAUGGUGACGUGGGUGCUGAGGAAGAAGUGA